AUGCCUGAGCUAAGGGAAAAGUUGAGGGAGCGCAACCACACAAAAUACGUUUUGAGUAAAGAUCAAGAAGAAUUCCUAGAGAAAGUAGAGUUGUGGAAGGAGCCACGAAUGAACAAGCCAAUUGAGGACGUCAACGCGGAAAGCGGAAUCGCAGACGCUUUGUUCCAGGGAGAUAUGCUCCUUUCAAAAGAACAACAAGAGCAGAUUGUUGCGGAUGGUAGCGGGGACCGAUUUAAGCGGCAAGCUCGCAAUGAUGAUACCUACCCUGUUAAAAAAUGGCCAUCACUUGAAGUUAAAUACGCACUCGAUCGCAACUUAGGUGGAAAUGCAAAAAUUGCCGUCAAAAGAGCAGCGGAAAUAUGGACGAACAACACCUGCAUAAACAUCACCUUGGACGAAGACGAAAGGGCUGACGAACUCAUUCUUGUGUACAAAGAAUAUGGGUGUUGGGGAGAGGUUGGGAAACAGGACGGAUGGCAAUUCAUUUCCCUCGGCGAACAGCUGCGCAACGAUCGGAAUAGCUGCUCAUGA